AAUCACAUCCAAAGGUGGACUUUAUUUUCCGCUGGAUGCUUCGACUAGUUUUUGUGCAGCGCUUUCCGGCUACCUUUUCGUACCCAAAGGAUGACUUCGACGCCGUCUACCCCUUCGGCAACUUUACCGGAAAGCCAAAGCGAGUGGCGAUUUCACGACACUGGUUAUCCAAGUGAAUGGGUAGAGUCAUAUCGACCUGGCUGGCUCCAUCCCGUCAACUUGGGUGACACUUUUAAGGAUGGGCAGUACCGGGUCAUCCGAAAACUAGGCUAUGGGUCAUUUUCAACCGUCUGGCUGGCAAGGGACACAACUAACUCACGCUAUGUGGCGUUAAAGGUGAUGGAUGCUCAGGCUUCUCUUAAAGCUAAAACUGAGCUCUCGAUUUUGAAGAGAAUCAAUGAGUGCUGCUCGCAAGAUCCUCUAACUCAGUACAUUCUGAUUAAUCUGGAUGCCUUCCAGCACUUGGGACCUAAUGGCGCUCAUCUUUGCCUAGUGACUGAGCCUAUGGGACCUACCAUUGCUUCCUUAGCGGAAGAACUCACCCCUUUGGAAGAGUGGAAAGUUAACAUUCGCUAUCCGAAGCUUAUGGCGAGGCGGAUUCUAAAACAUACGUUGCUUGGGCUUACAUUUCUGCAUAAGAACGGCAUUGUUCACGCUGAUUUGCAGCCUGGGAAUCUCCUUUCUACUAUUUCAAAUAUUGAUCAGCUGAGUGAAGGGGACUUGCGACAAGAUCUGUCAGGUCGAGGGAGAAACCCGGCACCUGAGGCCGUUCGCCGACUUGACGGGCUAGAGGAUAAAUGGGCUCCUCGUUACCUUUUUCUAGGCCAGUCACUUGUCAGAUACGCCAAACUUGGUCGAGAGAUGCACAUUAAGAUAUCGGAUUUCGGCGCUGCAUUUUGGGCUCAAGAACCUCCCGAUUCAACCGUCAUCCCCACUGCCCUUAGAUCUCCAGAGUUGAUUCUGGGUGGAACGAUCGAUUCAAGCAUUGACAUCUGGAGUUUUGGCUGUCUCAUCUUUGAAAUGCUGACAGGAGUUCCACUAUUUUCCGUCAUGGUGCUCUUUGAAGACGACCGAAAGACGACCGAUGAUGAACAUCUUCUCCAGAUGAAUGACAUCCUAGAGCCCCUUCCAGAUUCCUGGCUUCAGGAAAGGUGGCCGCGAGCUAAAAUCUAUUUCGGCACCGAACGGGAAAGGCUGGGCCCACGUCCUGAUGAUCGAGACGAGCCCUAUAUCGAUGACCCUUUGGAGGUUCGAUUCGAGGAGCAGAAGCCGAACGAUAUUGAUGAUGUGGAGGCAGGAGUCAUUACAUCUCUCAUUCGAAGUAUUCUGAAGUAUGAGCCCAUGCAAAGACCCACUGCGGAGGAAUUGUUGAAGCACCCUUGGUUUCAAGAGUGAUGCUAUCGUCUUCCGAGUCCGAAUUGACCCAAUAUAUGUGAGACACACGGACAGACUGACACCCUGGAGGGUGCUGCGAGCCGUGGAAGCACCAAGUGACGAUACCACGCGCACGAUGGGCGCUGCAGUUGAGCUUCCAUACGGCGCUUUCACUUACUUUAGCCGAUGCCAUCCGCACCCUUAGAGAGACUGUCUGCUGGGUCUGCUGGGUCUCUCGAAACAACCCCUUCCGCAACAGAAGUUGCUCUCACCGCCGGCAAUACCACUCACAUACAACUGCGAGUCGGUUCGUCCAAGAUUACGCUGCGCGUCAAAAUUCCAGAAGGCCGUCGCAGAGCCAAAGUCGCCGAAAGGAGAAGUAAGCGCCGUGAGACAAAGAAAGCAGUAUUAACACUGAAGCAACAGAAUGGAAAAGGCCCAAGGAAGUCACUUCACUGAACGUUGGAUCUUUGAUUUACACUGUACCGGCUUACUAUCGCGUUAAUGCCAAUAUUCGCACCUGGCACAAAUCUUUUCAAGGUGCACAUUCUUGCGUCGGGAGUUUUUACGUCUGAGGACAAGUGGUUCCUGACACUGGCUGCAACACCCGGGAUUUUGCAGAUCCCUUAUUGCCUGCUCGUAGCCCUUCUGGUCUUCGCACACCGUUUCUUUCAAGAGGUCAACACAGAAGGAACUCAUUCCAACCAGAGCCUGAUGAAACUCUGUUUGUGGUAGCCAGUACUGAAUUUCUGAAUAGACUUUGGAGACAAUAAUGUCUCGCAGGCCACGCUCU